GACUGGACCGCCGUUGGGUGCGGUCGCUUUGUCAUUUUAUCUGCAAAAUUUUCCGUAAAUCUACACUUGUGUAUUUUUGUAAAAUAUGACUUACUAACCAGUACCGACUGUAUGAUGAAAGUGACAUAUUAAAACAAAAACUUUGUAAUUUUCGAACGUUCAAUUUUGACAGAUUGUUGUGUUCCAAUUUUGAAAUUUAUUGAUAUUUAGUGUUUGCGUGAAGUGCAAUGUUUAGUGCAUUUGGAAGUGUCCGAUGUUAGACGUUACGGUCAUGCCGAACACAACGGGCAGCGGUUUCCAAUGGGAUAAACUAUCACCAGCUGAGUUCCAGCAGUUACAAGAGCUAACUUCUUAUUCAACGAGGAAGCUGCAAGAUGUCCUCAAUGAGUUCUGUGAAUCUAAAAAACAGAGUCCCGACGGGGACAUUGACUUCGAAGGCUUCCGAUGGUUCCUGGACACUUUCCUCGAGGUCACCACCCCAGAUGACCUGGCCAGGCAUCUGUUUCUGUCCUUCGUGCGAAGAGACAAGAGACCAGCUCUACGUGAAAUGGCAGCAGCUAGUUCGACCACCGCUUGUGCUGCCGUCACUGCUCAUGCUGACCAUCCGCCAAAAUUAAGUCUGGCCUCCAAGAUCCAUGGACUCGCGGAGAGAUUGCAGCAGCUUGGAAAGAGUUCAGGAGAUUCGGUGGAUGGAGAGAAGGGUUCUAGAAGCAGAACUGGCAGUGUUCAUCCAAUGUUCUCUGUGACGACUCAUCCAUCAUACUCCUCCCACGAGCUGUGUCUGGGGAGGUUGGAGACCAGCCCCAGUCACAGCCAAAUGUCGAGGAACUCCAGCAGGAAAAGCAGCAAUAGCUUACGUGUGAAUCAGUCAACGAAGAUAGAAGACUUCAAGCACCUUAUGCGUCGUCCUUCGACCAUUGAGGUCCAUACAGCACGAGUCUCUCUCAAGGACAUCGUCUGUUAUUUGUCGCUCCUGGAGGCUGGGAGACCAGAGGACAAGUUGGAGUUUAUGUUCCGUCUGUACGACACGGACGGCAACGGAGUCCUGGACACCAACGAAAUGGACUGCAUCGUCAACCAGAUGAUGACCGUGGCCGAGUACCUCGGCUGGGAGACGUCCGAACUCAGACCGAUUCUACAAGACAUGAUGGUCGAAAUAGACUAUGACGCCGACGGCACCGUGUCUUUGGACGAAUGGAAUAGGGGAGGAAUGACGACAAUACCGCUUCUAGUAUUAUUAGGUUUGGACACUAACGUCAAAGAGGACGGCGAGCACGCGUGGAGGCUGAAGCACUUCAACAGACCGGCCUACUGCAACCUGUGUCUCAACAUGCUGGUCGGCUUGGGGAAGAAAGGACUCUGUUGUAUAUUCUGCAAAUUCACUGUCCACGAGCGUUGCGUACAGCGAGCGCCGGCGUCGUGUGUGGCGACCUACUGCAAGAGCAGGCGAGCACCGGCCGCCCUCGCGCACCACUGGGUCGAGGGAAACUGUCACGGGAAGUGUGCGAGAUGCAGGAAAAAAAUCAAAGGUUACAACGGGAUUACCGGCCUGCACUGUCGGUGGUGCCACGUGACGCUCCAUAACCGCUGUGUGGGCAGCGCUGGCGGAGCGUGCACCCUCGGCAGGCACGCGAGGCACAUCCUGCCUCCGACAGCCAUCAGACCGCUGGUGCUGGACCGGCAGAGGUCGCUACCGCACAGACACACGCCCGACAAGCAAACCCUGCCGGUGUCGAUAUCUCUUCCUAUUUCUAUCGCAGCGACCACAGAAGAGAAAAAAGAAGAUAAGGAGAAGGAAAGAGAACACAGAGCCCCGCCAAUAUCCUUCCAGAUAACCCCACCAGAGGGCACUUGUCCGUUACUAGUCUUCAUUAACCCAAAGUCUGGGGGUAGACAAGGAUCUAGAGUGCUCCGAAAGCUCCAGUAUAUCUUGAACCCUCGACAGGUACAUGACAUAGCCAAAGGGGGGCCAAUGCAAGGUCUGCAAACAUUCAAAGACGUCAGAAACUAUAGAGUGAUCUGUUGCGGCGGCGACGGAACCGUCGGCUGGGUGCUGGAAACCAUGGAUAAAAUCCAGAUGGAGUCCCGCCCAGCUGUGGGCGUCAUCCCUCUCGGUACCGGCAACGACCUGGCCAGGUGUCUGCGGUGGGGUGGGGGGUAUGAAGGCGAAUCAAUCCACAAGAUCCUGGACAAGAUCGGCCGCGCCAGCACCGUGAUGAUGGACCGCUGGCACAUACACGUCGAGAACUCCACUGACGAGGUGGAACAGCUCCAGAUGCCGGACUCAGCGCCUCACCCCACAUCAGUACCAUACAACAUUAUCAACAACUACUUCUCCAUAGGAGUUGAUGCGGCGAUCUGCGUCAAGUUCCACACGGAGCGUGAACGCAACCCCGACAAGUUUAGCUCCAGGAUGAAGAACAAACUGUGGUACUUCGAGUUCGCCACCUCGGAACAGUUCGCGGCUAGCUGCAAGAACCUGCACGAGAACAUCGAGCUGGUGUGCGACGGAGUUUCCCUCGAGCUGAACAAGGGCCCCGCGCUUCAGGGCGUCGCUCUGUUGAACAUACCUUACGCACACGGGGGGUCCAACCUGUGGGGGGCCAGCGGAGCUCAUAGACGGGGCAGGUUCCCGGACGCGCAGCAAGACAUUGGCGAUAAGCUGAUAGAAGUCAUCGGCUUGGAGAACUGUCUGCACAUGGGACAGGUUAGGACAGGGCUCCGGGCCUCUGGGCGGCGUCUCGCCCAGUGUAGUAGCAUCAGACUCACGACAAAAAGGACCUUCCCCAUGCAAAUUGAUGGGGAACCGUGGAUGCAGCCGCCGUGCAAGAUAACAAUAACCCACAAGAACCAAGUUCCGAUGCUGAUGGGACCAGCUCCCGAAAAGGGAAGGAGCUUCUUCAAACUGUUCACGCACUGCUAAGUCCCUCUCACACUCAUUCCAUUUCAAGCUGGCCAGAGAGAGACGGAUGUACGGUAUAAGUUUGUUCAUUGGAAAAAUAUCUCGUUGUUAGCAUUUCAGUUCAACAAAGACCACACCCCAACGGCUUCUUCACAGCUUUCUUGAGGCUUGUACCAAAAUUAUACGUCCAUUUUUGCAAUUUUAAAUAAUAUAUUUACAUGCCAGAAUAGGAUAAGUACUUUUUUUUUAUAUUUACCUUUUUCGUAGAAUUUAUCUUUUCGUUCUAAAGAUAAACUUCUCUUUCGUAUAGACGCGCUGUAUUUAUUAUUUAAGUAAUCCUCGCGUCACUCGUCAUCUAUAGGUUUGUAUGUGUUGUCGCUGCUCGCGCGCCAUCUUGUGUCGCGGCGUAUUUGUUAACGUACGCUAUAUUGAGUGUUUUAUCUGUAUUGAAGUAUAUCCAUGUCGCGGUGACCGUUUUUAUGUUUUGUAAAUAUUAUUAUCUAUGUAACUGUAAUCUCAAACGACGGGUUUUAAUUUAUAGCUUAUAUUAUAGUUUUAGGGUAAGUUUAAAAUUUUUUAGAGCUUUUUUCGAACUACCGUCCAUUGCUGACCUCGGUAUGAGUUUGACUUGACGAUGUGUGGAAUUUUGCAGUAAAAAAAAUCAUAUUGACAAAUAUAUACUACCUUCAUAGACAGUAUCAGUGGAGUACUAUUAUUAUAGCUGCCGUCCAGUUAAAGAAUGAGGGCCAAAGGUUGGGACUUGGUGCAGUUAGUACUUUAUAUCCAGGUGUAAGGAGAACGAUAAGUAACCUAGAACAGCCUUACAGGCGACCGUUAGCAGCAGUAAUACAAAAAAUACAUCCUUUGCAAAGUUAUUCAAAACUCUGAAUCAUUUUUUCGUCCUUGAUAUGAACUCAUACCGGGGGUAAUCAAAAUCGGGUCCUUUAAAAGAAUUCAGGCACUUUUAAUAAUUUUAAUGCAACGUUACGUUUUAAUUCUGAUAUUUUAAGUAGUUAAUACGUAUGUUAUGUAAGUUUUUGUUACCUUCUAAGUGUUGGUGUCUGACCGGCUAUAUGACGGUUAGCGAAUAUUGAAUUUCUAUUAAAAAAAAAAAAAUGUUUAUGAAAAUAUAAUAUUACAAAAAAAUAUAUAUCUAGCUAUAUAUAAAUUUAAUUUUUAAAUUAUUAUAAAUCUAAUUCUAUAUGUUAAAAAUAUUUUUUUUUUUUUAAAUUACUUAAUUUGAAAUAAUUUUAUAGAAUGGCAACAUUCGCUAACGUCAAAUAUCAAAUUGAUGUAAACGUUGUUAAAGAUUUUCUGUCGCGAAUAUUUACCUUUUACAGCUUUAAUAGAUUUAAGGAAUAUAUUAUUGUAUAUUGUAAAAAUAUAUGUGCAUUUAAAAUAA